GCUCGUUCUCAGGUGAGUCAGCCUCUUUCACUUUGCGACGUUGAGGCUGAACGCCGCCGGCUUGAUCUUGCUCAUGCGCAUCGCGUGCGCGCUGCUGCCGACGACCUGCUUCUUCACGGGCGCAGCGUCAGUGCCGAGCUGGAUGCGCACGCGCUGCGUGCGCUGCUUCUCGGCGAGCACGGCGUCCAGCUUGGCCGCCACGGCCGCACGUCUGGCCUCCUCUGCCGCACGGCGCACGGCCGCCAGCUUCUCUGCCUUUGCCGCCUUGCGCGCCUCGAUGGCCUGCACUGCCGCACGCUCCGCCUCGCGGCGCUGCUCCUCCAGCGCCGCCGCCUCGGCGUGCUCCGCCCGCGCCAGCGCCAGCGCAUCGCGGCGCCAGUGCAGCGCCUUCGUCACCACGACGGCCUCGCCAAAGUUCUCGGCGUGCGCGUGGCGCGGCGCAGAGGCGAAGAGCGCAUCGGCCAGCGCCUCGAGCUCGCGCAGCUCCAUCGCCUGCCGCCGCGCCGCCACGGCCGCGGGCGCCAUCCACGCCGCCAGGCUCCCCUCGGGGCGCUUCGGCGCCCACAGCUUCUUGGGAGCGGCAGUGCGAGGCAU